UUCCCAUGUAAUCAAUCAGGUAUUAAAAGAAAGCUUAGAGCAUGAAAGGCGCUCAUUAAAUGCAAUUGUCUAUGGUAUACCUGAGUUCUCGUCGUCGUCAAUCCAACGGAUAUCCGACGACAGUUCUGCCUUUCGCACUUUACUUAAACCUCAUAGUAUUCAUAUUUCUGAUAAUUCAAAAAUCAUACGCCUUGAUAAAGUUUAUCCUGACAAAACUCGUCCACCCAAGCUUCUGAGCGGAAGCAAAGAGUUUACUAGUAAAUUGGUUUCCGACUUUGUUUCGGUGAAAAAUGGUGCUCUAUAUCCUACUGGGUUCCGUAUAGUCAACGACAAAACGUUGCUUCAACGUAAUUUGUUACGGUCCUGUCAUGCUGAGCUUGAUAAUCGGAGGUUGAAUGGGAAAACAAAUCUCGAGAUUUCAAAUUCAUUUAGUAGUCAGCCAAUUCAUGGAUUUUAUCAAAACUGCCAAGAACUCAGAUCCAAAUUAUCCGAUUUUAUAUGUAAUGCCGCUGCGUUUAACCACCUUUUUAUAAUUUUGUCUGAGACUUGGCUAACUAAUGGUAUUUAUGAUAAUGAGCUUGGCUUAUAUAAUUACAAUGUUUUUAGAUGUGAUAGAUCUCCCCUAACCUCUAACUCAGUGGUUCUCAACCUUUUUGGAUUCGUGUCACCCUCAUCCACGGUAACCCAACAAUACGUCUCCCUAACAUCAAAAUAA